UUCCUCGAUAAAUUCUAAUCCCUCGAUCUCCUUUCCAUCGUGUAGGUUACAUUUCCUACUUCUUCCCCACUUACGGAUCGGUGCCAUCUCGCUGUCCCAUGGCGAAGACGAUCACGCUGAGGAGCUCCGACGGUGAGGUUUUCGAGGUAGACGAGGCGGUCGCCAUGGUAUCGCCAAUCAUCAAGCACGUGAUCGAGGACUGCCCCGACAACACCAUCCCUCUUCCAAACGUCACCUCCAAGAUCCUCCCGGCAGUCAUCGAGUAUUGCAAGAAGCACGUCGACGCGUCAUCUGAUGGCGACUCACGGCUAGCUGACGAAGAACUCAAAUCCUGGGAUGCCAAGUUUGUCAAGGUCAAUAAGGCGACCCUAUUCCAACUCUGUCUGGCUGCAGAUUACCUGUAUAUAAAAGGGCUUCUGGAUUUGACUUACCAAACUGUGGCCGAUAAGAUGAAGGGAAUGACCCUCGAAGAAAUCCGCUUCAAAAAGGUUGUUACUCUGAGGAGCUCCGACGGUGAGCUAUUCGUGGUCGACGAGGUGGUUGCCAUGAAAUCGCAGACCAUCAAGUACUUGAUCGAGGACGACUGCGCCGACAGCGCCAUCCCUCUUCCAAAUGUCACCUCCGAUAUCCUUCUCCAAGUCAUCGAGUAUUGCGAGAAGCACGUCGACGACGACGCCACCACUGCCUCGAACUCAUCUGAUGAUGAUUCCCGGCUCGCUGACGAAGAACUCAAGUCAUGGGAUGCCGAGUUUGUCAAGGUCGAUCAGGCGACCCUAUUCGAUCUCAUACUGGCUGCAAACUACCUGAAUAUAAAAGGGCUUCUGGAUUUGACUUGUCAAACUGUGGUCGAUAUGAUAAAGGGAAAGACCCCAGAAGAAAUCCGCAAAACAUUCAACAUCAAAGAUGACUUUACUCCAGAAGAAGAGGAAGAGGUCCGAAGGGAGAAUCCAUGGGCCUUCGAAUGAUGGCUGUUUAUCUUGAAACUCGUUCAUGACUAUUUACUUUAUGGCUGUUUAUCUUUAAUUACUUAGCGGUUGAGGUUGGUUGUAAAUUAAUCCUGUAAUUUAUAUUUCUUUACGUAACGUGGGAUUAAUAUAAUCGGUUAUUUUAUGGAAUGUAAGAUAUUGAAACUGAUC